AUAAAUCGGCGACACGGCGGACCGUUCGAGACGCGGGGCCCACUAGCGCAGCCUCCGAGACUCGCGUCCCGGAGCCCGAGCCCUCGCGGCCGCAGCCCCGCGUUUCCGCCGGCGGCGCUGGUCGCGGAGCCGGCGAACGAGGGCGCGCCGAGCGGCAGCGUCCGCGGGGGCGGCAGUCGGAGCAGCCACUUCCCGCGGGGGGGUUACGCGCUGGAAUCGCAGGCCGCAGCCCACCAACCCAACAGUCCGCCGCCGUGUCUACUCCCUCUGCCCACCACCUCACGGCCUCCCCCGCACCACCGUCCCCGUCGGCAUGUGAGCGACCCCCAUGAUGCUGAGCCUGGCCCGCCCCGUCGAGCUGCGCCGGGUGCCGCGCCUCAGCCGACCCCACGAGCCCAGCGAGGCGGCCACCAGCGGCGGCAUGGGGUAGCCCCGCCACGGCAACGCCGGCCUGCCUCCAGCGUGUGUGUGCGUGCGCUCCGAGCCACGAACUGCACGGAAGAGCGCCCCGGAGCCGCCAGCCAGCUCAAUGCGGCGCUCUCCAGGACGCCUGGCUGUUGCAGCGUUGGCAGUCACACUCCUGACAAUAACAAGCAGUAUGAUUGCAGGCAAGGAGAUCAAGAGCUUCAAGUGGGGCGAGCUGGACGAGGCGGAGCGCGCGCGCAUCUGCCACAACUUCACCGAGGGCGACAAGGUGCGCCAGGAGCUGUACUCGCCGCUGUACAACGGCACCAACCACUAUCCGAACAACACCGAGUGCACGCGCGUCAUUCGCGCCCCCUACAACCACAUGGUGCGCCUGGACUUCCGCGACCGCUUCCACCUGGAAGAGUCGCCCACGUGCGAGUUCGACUACCUGGAGAUCCGAAACGGCGCGUACGCCUACUCGCCGCUCGAGGCGCGGCUCUGCGGCGAAACCUUCCCCAAGCCCGUGCAGUCCGAGGGGCGCCACCUGUGGCUCAAGUUCUCCUCGGACGCCAGCAUCGAGUACACGGGCUUCAAGGCAGUAUACACCUUCAAGCCGGCGCCCAAGACCCAUGAGCCACCACCCGAAGAGUGCCUGUUCAACGUCGAAGGCAGCCACGGUGUCAUUGGCUCGGAAGACAUCAAGCCAUCCCAGCUGGAACACUCCCGCCAAAACAAGCUCCCCCUGGAGUGCACAUGGAGCAUUCGGGUGAAGCCAUCCUGGAAGAUGUACCUGACAUUCCUCGAGUACAAGCUAGCGGACCCAAACAAUUGCCGCUCCAACUUCGUGGACAUCCUCGCAGAGGAGCCUCAGCACGAGUCAUUGAGCCACUUCUGUGGCACAAUGGCGGAGCCCACCCAGUCCAAGUCGAACCACGUCAAGGUGCGCUACUACGCCGAGCACGGCGCCCUCAAGGGCGGGAACUUCUCCAUCCUCUUCACUGCCUUCAGAGAGAUCUCCAGCGGAGAGAGGUGCGAUCCGGAAACAGAAUUCAGUUGCGACGACGGCUGGUGUAUCGAUGCGAAACUGAAGUGCAACGGCCAGUUCAACUGCAAGUAUCGCUACGACGAGGAGUCGUCAAUCUGCCACGUCGGCUCAAAUGUCGGCGUGGUUCUCUCGAUGAAGCACAUGGUGGUGAUCCUGGUGGUGUUCUCGGCCUUGGUAGUUGGAAUGUGCGCCUCCAUCGGCAUAACCUGCCACAACAAGAUCCAGGAGCGCCGGCGCCGGGAGCGCGAGUACAAGCUGCGGCGCUCCAAGGAGGCUUCCGUCGAGGUGGGUCUUGACCUGUCCGCCGGAAACCUGGAGGCAGCGCUGGCGCUGCAAGCAGCUGAAAUCGGCGCUCGCCGAGCGGGUGGAAUGCCACCUAGCGCACCUACAGCGACGACUUUGGUGGGACCCACGGUGCUACGACCCGAAGACGACGACAACGGCUGCUACGUGCCCGAGGUGGACCUGAGCGUGUUCCGCAAGCACCCGAACGGGCGGCCGCUGUCGCCGGCAACGGAGGCGUAGCGCUCGUGUCCGCAGCAUGGCGACCUGCACAGUCUGCGUAGCGACAGCGUCACGCCUCCGAUCCCGCCUCCACCACCGCCGCCCCACAAAGCCCACCCUCCGCCCCGCGUCGACAUCUAUCGCUGAGCGCGACCUGCGACGACGACAGCCGCACGACACGCCCGGCGCCACCUUGCUCAACAACCGACCGGACCGUGCCAGCGCCGAGGGUCUCUCCCCCCCCCUUCCCCCCCCCUCCCCAGGGGCGACCAACCGUCGCGAGCACCGCGCUCUGCAGCGGCGGCGCUAGCCUCCUCUUGGGAAGAAAGGCAGGAAAGGUUGUUCUGCACUGCCUUGCAUAUUAACCCUGCUCAAAGUUACGGGAACCAUUUAUUCAUCCUCGACACGAGGCUGGCUUCAAGAGUAAUCGUGUGGUUGCGCGAGUGCGCGCUUCGUCGAAGAGUGUGGCGCGGUACGAUGGGCUGGCCUUCAAACGAGAGCGAUCAUCGAUGCCACGUAGGGCAGCUCGUGGCAAGCGUUACACUCUGGACACACAGCGCGAAGCCCAAGCGGUCUGCGCAUAGCCUUUCACGUUGACUCAACCCAUUGACUCAAAGCACGGUGUCGUCGGACUCAAAGUGUCACAACUGAAAAAAAAAAAUGUUAUUGACUUCUCUUUUUGAACUGACGCUGUGGUGCUCGUGUGUGGACGCCUCUGUACAGCGCGGGUGUUACUUUACUAGGAGUACUAAUUACUCUUUGCCUGUUUACAAUACACUGAACGGAAACAACGACAACAAACUCGGUCCCGGAGGAAGCCAGUCUGGUGCCCUGGUUUCCGUCGUUCAACGCGCGCCUCGUGGUUUUGCCCGGUAGGCCUGAUCCCAAGUGAAGCAGCGUAAAAAAAAAAAAAAGGCAUUUCCAAGACGGAUGCGAUAGCCCUGGUACGCAACCAACGUUGACGUGUAGCGACACCGCGUGCGACUAAUCAUUGGCCAGGACCGCUUCAUCUACCACGCUAAUGGGGGAAAGGCACAGGGCUACCAAAAACUUCAGCUUGAGCUCUAGAGCCAGCUAUGUUCUUUGUAUUCCCCCCUGUUCCUAGAAUAGCGCAACUGUUAAUGAAAGCACUAACCGGUAGCGUAAGGUCACUUUUGCUUGCGGAGACUUGGGUGAGCGGCCUUCGAAAAAGCAGGCCACGCUAGCGUAUCGGAAACAAGUCACCGCGUCUCACCCACGGUUGUCCUUUCGCUGCCGGAAUAUGGGGGAUGGCCGUUGAACGGCGGAAGCAGUGAUGCCUGUAAGCACAACGUGCUUCCUGAUCCGGGCGUCGCCAAGGGACGCUCGAUGCUACUCUUCCAUCUAUAACAAUUCCACAUGUGAAAACCAUGAGAGUUCCCAUUCCCGACCCUUUUUAGUUGCACUAUUCCUCCCCGACCUGCCUCCGUUGCAGCCCGGUGAGGCUCAGACGCUCUAUAUCUGUGUAGUCUUUCCCACCGUCGUGUACGUAGCUUCAAUAUGUUCAAUAGUCGUCCGCAGAAGAAGCCUCUCUUCUUUCCACUCGGCCAAUCUUGUAGCUUCACGUACUUCAGAAACCUAGGAUUUAUUUGUUUGUUUGCUUCUCUGUUUUCAUAAGGUAACAUUUAUUGGCUUCCGCUUGCGGCCAGCUUGCGAUGGUUUCGGUAGUUUUUUACGACAUAUUGGUAGUUUAUGGUAGCCUUCCCAGUCCGAGUUUUUGAUUAAGAGGCCAAGAAAGAGUGAAAAAUAAAGCUACUUGUAAACCAGCACAAAUUACAGUUCCAUAUCUCAUAAGUGUCGUGCCACCAAUGUUAAAAUGUGUUUUAAGCUUAACCAUUAUUUGUUUUAUUUAUAUCGAG